AUGGCUAGAACUUUCUUCGUUGGUGGUAACUUCAAAUUGAACGGCUCCAAGGCUUCCAUCAAGGAAAUUGUUGAGAGAUUGAACAACGCUGAUCUAGCAGAAAACGUUGAGGUUGUUCUAUGUCCUCCAGCCCCAUACUUGGACUACACUGUUUCUUUGCUAAACAGACCUCAGUUGGCUGUGGGUGCCCAAAACACGUACCUAAAGGCUUCUGGUGCCUACACUGGUGAGAACUCUGUUGAACAGAUCCAGGAGUUGGGUGCCAAGUGGGUGAUUCUAGGUCACUCUGAGAGAAGAACUCUGUUCCACGAGGAUGACAAGUUCGUCGCUGACAAGACUAAGUUCGCUUUGGACCAAGGUGCUGGUGUCAUCUUGUGUAUCGGUGAAACUUUGGAAGAGAAGAAGGCCGGUACGACUCUAGAGGUGGUCGAAAGACAAUUGACCGCUGUUAUUGCUGAAGUCAAGGACUGGAGCAAGGUUGUCAUUGCCUACGAGCCAGUCUGGGCUAUUGGUACUGGUUUGGCCGCUACUGCUGAGGAUGCUCAAGACAUCCACAAGUCCAUCAGAAAGUUCUUGGCUGCCAAGUUGGGCGACAAGGUUGCUGAAGAGACCAGAAUCCUAUACGGUGGUUCUGCCAACGGUAGCAACGUCGCUUCUUUCAAGGACAAGGCUGACGUUGACGGUUUCUUGGUCGGUGGUGCUUCCUUGAAGCCAGAAUUCGUCGACAUCGUCAACUCCAGAAAGUAA